GCGGUGGGGAGCUGAUAGCAAUUUGUUUUUAUUCCGUUCGGUACGGUAGUGGUGUCGUCUACCGUCGUCGUUAUUAGUUAUUAGUGUGAAUCAGAAAAAUAUUGCGGUUGUGUUGCGAUCCCUUCAAAUUACGAUGUACUGGACGAAGGAGCGGUACGUGUAGUUAGUGACAGUUGCGGUCACUCGAAUGAAAAUUAUGCAAAACGCCACUACAGGUUGCAAUCAAUUUUAAAAACGGCACUCGCGCCAGACACCAGUGAUACAAUAACACUGUUGAAGGAUUACUAACAGUACAAAUUGAGUUAACACCCAUCUGUGUGCUCACAAAUGUUUGUCUAGCUACAAGCUGUACAACGUACCAUUCACUAUAGGAUCAAUUCUUUGCUGUAGUUGUUGUAAUUGUUACGAAUCAAUCGUCAAACGUGUAUUGAAAUGCUCAAAUUCAUACGAGGGAAGGGUCAACAGCCUUCGGCUGAACGGCAAAAAAUCCAAAAAGACCUAUUCGCUUUCAGGAGAACUCUGCAGUAUGGGUUUCCCAAUAAGCCUACAGCUCUAGCUUGGGAUCCAUUUUUGCGGAUUAUGGCUAUUGGUACCUCGACCGGAUCAAUCAAAGUAUUAGGUAAACCUGGUGUUGAAUUUUAUGGCCAUUUACCUAGUUCAGAUCAAGCAAUAACAAAAAUAUUAUUUGUACCAAAUCAGGGUCACUUGGUGUCAUUAUCUGACGAUAAUAGCAUUCAUUAUUGGGAAAUAAAUGACACAGCCAUUGAUGAAGUUCAAUCAUAUCUACUGGAAGGAAAACUUAAACAAAUAUCUUCGAUGAGCUUAGAAUCAAAUUGUGAACAUUUGUUGCUCGGAACUGAAGGAGGAAACAUAUUUACCAUCGAUUUAUCCACAUUUGAAUUAUCGGAUAAUAUUAUUUAUCAAGAUGUUGUAAUGCAAAAAGUGUCUGAAGAAUAAAAAAAUCCCGGUGCGGUUGAAGCCAUAGUAGAGCAACCUAAUAAUCAAAACAAUAUUUUGAUCGCUUAUAGCAGAGGAUUGAUUGUUUUGUGGGACAAGGUGGAUUCAGUCGUUCUGAAGACAUUUAUUAGCAGUCAGCACGUAGAAAGCAUAUGUUGGUUUGAAAACGGAGAAAGUUUUUAUUCUUCACACAACGACGGUUCAGUAACGCUUUGGAAAAUAGAUGACCAAUCUGAUGAAAAUGACAAUGCAAAUACUAUAUAUGGACCAUAUCCGUGCAAACCAAUCCCUAAAGUGCAUUGUCAACCAUCGAGCCAAGAUCUCGAUGACAAUUUACUCAUUUUUUCUGGGGGGAUGCCUCGAGCAUGUUAUGGUGAUCGCCAUGCUGUUACAGUUCAGCUGGGUACUUCCAAACAUGUAGCAUUUGAGCUCACGUCAAAAGUAAUAGACUUUUUUACCACGGCGGCUUCUAUAAAUGAAAAAGGUUGUAGUUCUUUAAUAAUCCUAGCAGAAGAAGAAAUAGUUGGCAUCGAUCUAUCAACUGAUGAUUGGUCUUUGAUCCAAUUGCCUUACCUCGUCUCUAUUCAUGCAAGUGCUAUAACAUUUACCAAUUUCGUGUCUGACAUCAAUGAAGAAUUAUGGAACAACAUAAUUACUGCUGGAAACUUACAAAACGAAAAUAAUUUUUCCUCAAAUGAGUGGCCUGUAGAUGGAGGGGAAUCUAAUAUGACGGUUGAACAAAGAAGAGAUGUUUUAAUAACAGGUCACGAAGAUGGUUCUGUUAAGUUAUGGAUUGCAAAUGGUACACCAUUACUACCUAUUUAUAUAUUUAAAUCUUCGUGGGUUUUGGUUGGAGAUGAUGCCGAUAACCAUUCCAGUAAUAGUGUAGCUGUUGACGAUGAAGAAGAAUGGCCUCCGUUUAGGAAAAUUGGGAAUUUUGAUCCUUAUUCGGAUGAUCCUAGAUUAGCUAUUAAAAAAGUAAUUUUGUGUCCUAAAACUGGCACAAUGAUUGUAGCGGGCACAGCUGGUCACAUAAUUGUAACAAAAUUCAGCGAUGAAUCUUCUUCUAAUGAAAUAAAAACAAUUCAAAUGAACGUUGUUGGUGAAAGUUUUAUAUGGAAAGGUCAUGAACGUUUGAAUUUAAAACAAACCGGAGAUGAAGCCAAUAACAAUAAUGGCAAAAAUACUACAUGCCUCACAUUCAAAGCAGGUUUUCAGCCUACUUCUGUUUUACAAGUGUAUCCUCCUGCAUCAAUUACUGCUGUAGCUUUGCAUACCAAUUGGUCUUUGGUCGCAGCUGGUACAGCCCAUGGUUUAGUACUUUAUGACUAUUAUCGACAAGCACCCGUUUUGACAAAAUGUACUCUAAAUCCAAAUGAUUUGUCCAUGGCUGGCGACACUCCUAUAUCCCGAAGAAAAUCAUUCAAAAAAUCUCUCCGAGAAUCUUUUCGAAGACUUAGAAAAGGAAGAAAUUCCACAAGAAUUCCUAACGAUAAAAAAUCUGGAAGCAUUACACCUGAUAAAAGACGCGAAGGUACAUUAACUAUUUCUCCAAUGGAAGCAAGACCUGUGGAAAGAGCGAUUGAAGCGAGAUCAGUUGAUGAUGGCCAAGGAAGUAUGGUCCGAUGUCUAAGUUUCGCCAAAACAUUUAUUGUUACAGCUUCUCAUAUAACACCGACGAUCUGGGCUGGUACUAACAAUGGUACUGUGUAUAUAUUUACAAUCAGUAUACCUCCUAGUGACAAACGAAAAGAAAGAAGAGUUACUUCGCAAUUAGGAAAAGAAAUCCAAUUAAAGCACCGAGCUCCGGUAAUUGGCAUCACUGUAAUCGAUGCUGAAAAUCGAUCGGUUACCGAAGUACAAGAAAACUGUCCUCCCGGUAAACCAAUAGAUGUGUGUGGGCCACAUAAGGUUAUCAUUGCAUCAGAAGAACAAUUUAAGAUAUUCUCGUUGCCUAAUUUGAAACCGGUUUGUAAACUGAAAUUAACCGCAGCAGAAGGCGCUCGCGUUCGUAGAAUGUCUAUGGCUUACUUUAAAACUAACGAUUACAUCGAAAGCUGUCUGUUGUGUUUAACUAACUUGGGUGAAGUGAUUGUACUUAGCGUGCCAGACCUUAGAAGACAAAUACAAGCGGCUGUUAUUCGCCGUGAAGAUAUAAAUGGAAUUUCGAGCUUGGCGUUCACACACUAUGGAGAGGCUUUGUAUUUACAUUCAAGCAGUGAACUGCAAAGAAUUUCUGUGUCUGCAACCAGUAUCACACAAGUAGAUUGUACUUUGAAUUUACCGGGUAGAGAUCAGUCGCUGCCAGAGAGUCGGUCCAUCACGCCGGUGAAUGGCUAUACUGACGACGAACAAGAAAAUCAUCCAAAAGUCAACGGGUGUUCAGAUAGCACAAAAGAAAACGGCGACAGUAAUUUACAGUUAAACAAUAGUGAUCUCUCUGUUGGCGAUAUAACAUUAGACUCUAUUAAAGACCAUUUAGCUAACUCCAAUUCAAAUUUAAAUUUGACUUCUACAUCCAAUAAUGUUGAAAUUAAUAAUCAUCAAAAACCUGUGACAAAACAUGAAGUAUCUACGGCUACUACAACCCCAGUAAAAACAUCAAAUUCAACUACAGUGACUUCAAACGAUACAAUCGCUGUUGUUAAUUUAUCAACAAGUUUAAUUGUAGAAGACGAUCCAUCGGCACAGACAAAUUUAGAGAUUCAUAGAGCUCCAUUGGCUCUCAUGGAAGACCUAGAAGUGGAGACGGUUGCAUAAUGUGAUAAUCAUCGAAACAUGUGCGUUUGACCAGACAUAGACUUGCUGUUUAUGUAAAUCGCGCCAUAAAUAUAAUUGAUAAGUUUAACAAUGUUGAAAUAAUGUUAAUUUGUUAAAUAUUAUUAACUACUAACAUAUAAUACUAUUAAUAUGACCUAGUUAGAAUACCUGCAUUGUUCCAUAUUAUGUACCUGUUUUCAGGUAAAAGCUCGAUAUUAUUCCAAUAAACUUUUUAUUUUAUUCAUUCAACAUACACUUAAUAUUAAAAAAAAAAAAAUUGAUAAAGAGCACGUCAAAAUUUCCUUUGUUUGAUUCAAUAUACGAUAUUUGUUACACAUCUUUAUCAAAAUCUUAGGAUACAUGUAUAAUAAACACUGGUGCCUUAGUUUAAUUUAAGAAACAUACACUUUUUUUAAAUUACUACAUUUUUGUGACUUGAAUUAUUUUUUACCAAUUUACCAAUUUCUUAUCAAUAUUUCAUUAUUAUAAUUAUUAUAGUAUUAUUAUUUUUGUUAAAAACAUUUUUUUUUACAAAAAAAUUCACAUAUCACAAUUUUUUUUAAAUUUUAUUCCAUUAAGUUGCAAUUAUUUCCUAGUUUUUUACCUUUUUUAUUUUUUAAUCGUUUUGUAUACUUACAUUGUUAAGUAAAAAAAACAAAUUCCAUUUAAUGUAAAUUACUUUUAUUUGUUACAAAUUCCAAAAGAACAAAUGUGUUUUAGAUAUUUAUGUAUUUAUACAUUCGUUGUGUCAUUCACUUCAAACAUUCCAAUUUUCUGAACUU